CCUGGUCCACUCACCCCGCUGUUGCCGUACACCUGUGAUACGACGAUUCCAUAAAACGACCAUCGUUUCGAGAAGGAGAGAGAAACGCGUAGAGUUCUAGAGAGAGAAACUGAACCGAGAUCUGAACGAUCAUCAUCAUCAUCAUCGUAACCCGAGGUAAACCAAAAAGCUUCUUCCAAACCCUAACACUGAUGAAUCUUUCUCCUCUCUGAUGCGUUUUCACGGCUCUCGUUCUUCUUCUUCGUCUUGUUCUGAGUAAUUCCUCGGAGUUUUGAGGAUUGGAGGUUCUCUGUUUUUCGCUCAUGCCCUAGAAAUUUUUGGGAUUGAUUUGGCUGUGGAAGCAGGAGAUUAAACCCUAGAAAAUCUAGGGUUUAUGGUUUUUGUAUUUGAUUUUCGUGAUUUUUUGGAUUGGGGCUGUGUAAAACCCUAGGAUUUUGGGGGAUUUGGGAUUGGGGGUGGAAUUAGGGUUUUGGGUGUAUGGCUUCUGAGCCUACAGUUGGAGGAGAAGAUGGGGCUAAAAAGAAGCAGAGGUUCAAUGAGAGUAAGGUUUACAAAAGGAAAACAUUCAAAGGCCCCAAGAAAAACCCCAACUUUGGCCACACCGCCACUGACAACACCUCCACUUCUACCGUAACCAAGGAUGUUCAUGGUAUAGGUAACAGCAGCACUGUCAGGAACAGCUGCGUUGAUGAGGGCAAGAGCAAUAGUGAUAAUGUUUCGGCUAAGCAACCGGUGCAGGUUGUGGUGCUGGAGGAUGGAAAUUCAGCUCAGCAGCAAGUGAGUUCAGGGUUGGAGGAUGGGAAAUCGUCUCAGCUGCAAGUGGAGGAUGGGAAUUUGGCUCAGCCGCACGAGGGUUCAAGGUUAGAGGAUGGGAGUACGUCUCAGCCGCAAUUGGAGGAUAGGAAUUUGGCUCAGCCUCAUGGGGGUUCAGGACCAGAGGUUGGGAAUUCAGCUCAGCGGCAAGUGAGUGAUGGGAAUUCAGCUCAGCAGCAAGUGAGUCCAAGACUGGAGGGUGGAAAUUUGGCCGAGCCGCUCCAGGGUUCGAGGUUAGAGGAUGGGAGUACGCCUCAGCCACAAUUGGAGGAUAGGAAUUUGGCUCAGCCUCAUGGGAGUUCGGGAUCAGAGGAUGGGAAUUCAGCUCAGCAACCAGUGAGUCCAAGGCUGGAGGAUGGGAAUUCAGCUCAGCAGCAAGUGAACUCAAGACCGGAGGAUGGGAAUUCUUCUCAGGUGAGUUCAAGAUUAGAGGAUGGGAAUUUGGCUCAGCAGUUGCAUGUGGAUUCAACAUUGGAGGAUAAGAAUUCCCCUCAGCCACAAAUGAAUGCAACAUUGGAGGAUGAGCAUUCUCCUCAACUGGAAGUGAAUUCCCAGUUGGAGGAUAGGAGAUCUCCUCAGCCGCAAGAGAAUUCAAGGUUGGAGGAUGUGAAUUCCUCGCAGAUGCAAGUGAAUUUGAGAUUGGAGGAUGGUAGUUUGCCUCAGCCACCAGUGAAUUCAAGAUUGCAGGAUGAGAGUAUGGCUCAACCGCUGGUUUCCGAUGACUCGCGCAGUCAUCAGCUGGAUGAACCUUCUAGCCUCAAUGUUCAGCAGGAGCAUGAUGGACCUUCUAGCCCCAGCCAUCGGCAGGAGGUAGUUCCCAUCACCCGGGACCUGCCAUCGAUGAAUGGGGCUGUGGAACCAUUGUUGGAGGACCGAAUCAAGAUCAAUUUGGCCUCAAAGUCAAGGCAAGAGAUGCAGGAGCUACGGUGGAAGCUUGAAAGUGAGCUUGGUGUUGUAAGAAGUUUGGUCAAGAGGAUUGAAGUGAAACAGGGGCAGGUUAGUGGGGGUGGCAAUUUGAAUGUUUUCAUGGGUGGUGGGAUUGAAAGUGGUGGUGGAGCAAAGCGUGCUCACUCAGAGGUGGCAUCUGCUGGUGUUCCACGGCAAAUUACCAGGCCUUUGCACCAUUUAAGUUUGCCAUUAUUAGAGAAUAAUCAAGGUGUCAGUGAAAAUCUAGAGAAGGAGAAGAGAACGCCUAAAGCCAACCAGUUUUAUCAUAACUCAGAGUUCUUGCUUGCGAAAGAUAAAUUUCCACCUGCAGAGAGUAACAAGAAGUCGAAAUUGCAUUGGAAGAAGCAAGGUGGUGGAGAAUUCGGACAUGGUCUUCGGAUGGGAUCUAAGUUUUUCAAGAGCUGUAGUUCACUACUUGAAAAGCUUAUGAAGCACAAGUUUGGUUGGGUGUUUAAUACUCCUGUUGAUGUUGAGGGUCUUGGUUUGCAUGAUUAUUUUACUAUCAUUACUCACCCAAUGGACUUGGGAACUGUGAAGACAAGGCUGAACAAAAAUUGGUACAAAUCACCAAAGGAAUUUGCAGAGGAUGUGAGACUCACUUUUCGUAAUGCUAUGACAUAUAAUCCGGAGGGACAAGAUGUUCAUGUAAUGGCAGAACAGUUAUCAAAGAUAUUUGAGGACAGAUGGGCUAUAAUAGAGUCAGAUUACAAUCGUGAGAUGAGAUAUGGUGUAAGUUAUGGGGUAGCACCCCCUGCACCUUCACCUCUGUCUAGAAAGGUUCCUGCAUUUCCUCCCCCGCCUCUUGAUAUGAGAAGGAUUUUGGAUAGAUCAGAAUCUUUGAUACGAACUCCAAAAACCAUGAGCAUUACUCCAUCAAGUAGAACCCCAGCUCCAAAAAAGCCAAAGGCGAAGGAUCCUCAUAAAAGAGAUAUGACAUAUGAGGAAAAGCAAAAGCUAAGCACAAACCUACAGAGUUUACCUCCAGAGAAGCUGGAUGCUAUUGUGCAAAUCAUUAAGAGGAGAAGUUUAGCACUUAGUCAACAUGAUGAUGAAAUUGAAGUGGACAUUGAUAGUGUAGAUGCUGAGACUCUCUGGGAACUCGAUAGAUUUGUGACUAACUAUAAGAAAAGUUUAAGCAAAAACAAGAGGAAGGCUGAACUUGCUCGGGCUAGAGCAGAAGCGUUGCAGAAUGCCAUUGACAAGAACCAAGCACAAGCUGUUGUAGAGAUUCCCAGAGACUCACAAACAGAUGAAAGAAAUGCUCCCCCGGUCUUGCCUGGGCAAGGUGGAAUUGAAGCCAAUAAUCAGAGUAGGUCAAGUAGUUCAAGCAGCUCAAGCAGUGAUUCGGGAUCUUCUUCAAGCGAUUCUGAUAGUGAUAGUUCUUCAGCAUCUGGAUCAGAUGCAGAGUCGCAAGGGACCUGAAUGUACUGUCAGAUGUUAGAUAUUCAGAAAGUAGAUAAAUCAAAGGUUAACAGUGGGAUUACAGAGGAAGCAUUCUGAAGGCCGCUGUUUGUCCUAAUGAUGCAGUUUCGGAUUUUUCCUUCCCAUUUGUUGGAACUGCGCUCCAAAAUGCUACCCGCUACCCACGGCGGCCUUGGUGGUAUUGGAGACACGAAUUAUUGAAUUGACCCGAAAAUGGAAAAAGAACUCAAAUUCUUGUAUAAAUAGUUAUUUGGUAGAAUGUGAUGAUGAUUAGGUAGUUAGUUUUCCGUAGCAUGUUGUACAUUGCUAACUACUGCUGCGCAUUUAGUUCUGUUACUGAUAUGUUUUUUGAUUUGUGCUGGCAGAUCUAGGAUUCAUGGUAAUACAAAGAUAAUGUGUAACUCCUAGUUUUUGAAAAUCUCAUUUCAUGUACUUUACAACUGAA